AUGGAAGGAAUUGACAGAUAUGAAAUUUCUUCUCGUUUGGGAAUUGAUGCUGACACAAAACCUGGGAAUAGACUUGUCUCUACUUCAAUACACAGCACUGUGAGAAAUCGAGAAAAAUAUUUUGGAGAAUUUCAAAAGACGGAAGGACGUUUUAGAGUCAAAAAAUAUUUUUUUAAAUGUGCCCAAAAUGAGGCUGGAGGUGAAUUAUAUGUUAAAUAUAGCCAACGUUUCAAGGAAUUGACUGGCGUGGAUUGCCCUUUUCGGUUUGGCGAUUUACUGAAAUUUCCUGGAUACAAUUUAAGUAAUUUUCAAUUUUUUCUUGUAAACCUUUGA